CCUGCCUGUGUGCGUUAGUCUGCUUGUGUCAGUUUGAGAGCUUUAGUGCGGGGCAGUGCGCUGCAGUUAUGGUUCUAUCUUUUUCGCAUCAGGUCAUGCUAUCAGUGUCUUUAGCCUUGUGUGCCUGUGUCAUCGUCCCCAGGAUCUUUGGUGGUGGAGGAGGAGGAAGAAGUGAUAUGAGCCAAAAGCCAGAUCCCCGGAGGAUGGCUGCUAUCCAUGCUCAGCCCUUUAGAGAGAGCCAUGGUAAAGAUCGUAUGCAUGGAGGAGGACACGAUAGGAAGUCGUAUACCAGCGCUGAACAGAUAAAAAAAGCAAUGGAGCAGGAGCUGAAACCCGAGAAAACGAGUGGCAGCGGUCGGAGCUUGGCAUUUACCCUUAUGCCUCUCUAUGCUGUCGGAGUGGCAGUCUUUGCUGCAUACAAGUUUACAAAACUGAAGACCAAAGAAAAGAGCCGAUCAAAAAUUGAGGAAGAAGCGAAUAAAAAGUCAAAGGAAACCGAAAACCAGCUCCUCCAGCUGGAACGUCAUCUGUUACAAACAGAGCAAAUGCUGAAUUCUUUAUUGACGCAGCUGGACCCACUGUCUAAUUGUGUCAAUACCUUGGCUAAUGGACAGCGAGAUGAGAUCAUGAAUCAGCUGCAGUCUAUCAGACAGCUAAUGAAGGAAAGUGGAAUGGACAAGUCUGCUCUCAUAAACUCAGCCAACCAGACUUGUGAAGAUACACUAGAAGAUCUAAUGUAUUCAUUUGAGGAGCAGGAAUCAGACCUGGAUGAUGGAAACAAUAAUGAUGAUGUUGAAAGAGAAACCGAAGAACGUUCAGCUGAUCCCAUAGAUGCGAACAUAAUUCAACAUAAUGAUUGCUCGGAGUCAGCACAUGGCUAUUCUGCUGGGAAUUCCUUGGGAGUAGAAGAUGAAGAACUUUUUGAUGCUGACGUCACUUCAAACCAUAAUUCUAACAUCUUGAGGAAACGUAUUCUAAGGGAAUAACUUCUCUUUUACAGAAGUGCAUCACAUGUAUCAUAUCAGGAUUUUAAUUUAUUUAUUGCACGUUGUGCCUGCAACUUAUCACUGACACUUAUUGCUGUGAAUAUUUUUUCAAAUGGAGGAUUCUACCUGUCCUUAUCACCAAAGACCUUUUCAAUUUAAGCAGGCUGAAAUCAUCACCCCUUCUUCUUAAGCACAAAUGACUGUUAGACGUUCAAAAGGAAGAACUGAAUGUGUUUUUUU